GUUCUCAUGUGAUAAUGGUGUCUUUUCAAUUAUGUGCUUAGCUUGCAGUUACUUUGGUUGUGGACUUUGCAAGAUAACGGCUGAUUUUGGACGGCAGGAGUCUUAAGAGUAGUUGGGUUGCUGAAACGUUAACAUGGACGAACCACAGAGGGACUCCUCGGCUGACCAGAGGAUGAGCAACUCGGGGAAGAAGCCAGUCACAGCCUGUCUGUUGAGCACAGCGUUCUUUGGUGCACUGGGGUCAUCUUUCAUUUACGGCUACAACCUCUCUGUGGUCAACGCUCCUGCUUUGUACAUUAAAGCUUUUUACAAAACAUGGAUUGAGAGAUAUGGGGAGCCUAUUGCAGCAGAGACAGCCACCCUCCUCUGGUCCCUCACAGUGUCCAUAUUUGCUAUCGGAGGCCUUCUUGGAGCGCUGUCCGUCUCUUUCAUCGUCAAAUUACUGGGAAGAAAAGGAACCUUGCUGCUGAAUAACGUCUUUGCUGUAAUAGCUGUUCUGCUGCUGUCCCUGGGUGAGACGGCCAAAUCUUUUGAGAUGCUCAUCAUUGGCCGGCUCAUAAUUGGGGUGGACUCUGGUAUAGCUCUCAGCGCCCUCCCCAUGUACCUGGGCGAAAUUACGCCACAAAAUAUCAGAGGUUUCAUUGGCCAGUUCAACUCCAUCCUGAUCUGCUUGGGAGUGUUCAUAGGACAAGUGCUUGGGCUGCCCGAGCUGCUGGGUCAGGAGUCCAGGUGGAACUACCUAUUUUCUUUCCUGGCAUUGCCGGCAAUGCUGCAGCUGUGUGUGCUGCCCUUCCUCCCAGAGAGUCCUCGCUACUUACUGAUGGAAAAGAGGGAUGAGGCUGGAGCAGAGAAGGCCUUCCAGAGGUUGUUGGGGAAGAAGGAUGUGUCCCAGGAACUGGAAGAGGUCCACGCGGAGGCUCGAGCUCAGGACAACCUACAAACCGCUUCUGUCUUACAGCUGCUGGAGAACAAAGCUGUUCGCUGGCAGCUCAUCACCGUUAUCAUCACCAUGGCGUGCUAUCAGCUCUGUGGCCUCAAUGCUAUCUGGUACUACACCAAUGGGAUCCUUCGGGAAGCAGGCUUUGCUGAGAACAUUAUCCCCUACAUCACACUGACCACCGGGGGCAUAGAGACUUUGGCUGCUAUCAUCUCGGGCUUAGUGAUUGAACGAAUCGGCAGAAAGCCCCUCCUCAUAUUUGGUUUCUCUGCCAUGGCCGUCUUCUUCAGCCUACUUACAGUGUUCCUUAAUUUCCAGCACAGCGCGUCAUGGAUGCCCUACCUCAGUUACAUCUGUAUACUGGCUGUGAUUGCGUCCUUUUGCUCUGGGCCAGGUGGCAUUCCCUUCAUCCUGACCGGGGAACUGUUUGAACAGUCCUACCGACCUGCCGCCUUCAUGAUUGCUGGCAUCGUCAACUGGCUGUCCAACUUUGCUGUGGGCCUUCUGUUCCCAUUCAUUCAAGAGAAGCUGCAGUCCUUUGCCUUUCUGGUGUUUGUGGUGGUCUGCAUCUUGGGAUCUGUCUACCUUUAUGUUGUCCUCCCUGAAACCAAAAACAAAACAUUUAUGGACAUCAGUCAGAGCUUUACCAAGAUCAACAAAAUCCCUGUCCCCUCCCCUGGCCAUGAAAUGGAGCUGGUUCUGUCCAUCAGACCUGACCUGAACAGGAAAGUCCAAGAUGACACUAAGAUGGAGAGUUCCUUCUAGCUGAACAAACUGUGGAGAAGCAAGGUUGAAAUAAAAACUUGUUUUUACAUAUUUAUUUAAUGGCUGUGAUCAAUGAAAUGAAAACCAUUGCUUUUCAAUGUAUUCAGGUAUUUUCUAUGUUUUGUAUGAUAGGAACAUAUACAGUAUUUCAGUUUACAGCAAUUAUUUGUUUAUGUCUCCUAUUAAAAUGAAUGAUCUAACUGGA